AUGUCGUGCUUGAUCUUCGCCACAGCCCCCUUUCGCGUGGCUGCAGCAAUCUCCAUCCUGGGCCUGUGUGGUGGGGUGCUGCUGAGCGGCAACUUGGGCUUUUUGCCUCAUCUAGCUGUUGCUUUGUGUCUGUCUCUCUCCGACGACAGUCUUUUGAACGCUGCGGCGCCUGCUGCAGCUUCGCUGACUUUCCUCGAGCGCUGCGCCCUGAUGGCUGGCCGCGCUGUACUCUGUACAGUCGUCGGUGUUUAUUUCCUGAUUUACACUGCGGGCUGUCUGAACUAUUUCUGCAAGAUUUGGAUGAGACCAAGUGUGUCUGCGCCCUCGUGGGUGUUGGCGCUGUGUCGGGAACUGUCUCUCCUUAGCAUCUGCAAUGGUUAUGGUCUGUUUUCAGUUGUCACCACAGGGCGCCUCGAACUCGUCGUAGAGGAGCUGCACCAAACAGCAGACCGACGGCCACAGUGGAGAGAAGUAUUCCUUCCAUUUAAACCUGGAGAUGUCAACAGUUCUCCCCCUUGGUUGUUCUCCGGUCACUUCCCUCGCCUGGACUGGCGGCUUUGGUUUAUUCCGCUCCGUCUGAAGUCUGCUUUAAAGGGAGCAGUAGCGGGGACGCCGUCGCUACUACAGCAGCAGCAGUUGCAGCAGCAGCAGAUGUCUCUUAAUGCCCCGUCCCCUGCCUGUGAUUCUUGUGGCCACGGGGCAUCGCCUGCACCAGCCCAAGACGAUCCGCUUCAGCUCUACCCGCCCUUCUGGCGAGCCUUUGUGAACCAGCUCAGCAGCCGGCAACCGGCAGUGCUCCAGCUACUGGGGCAGCAGGGGGAGGUUUUGAAGCAGCUGCCCCCGCCUGUGGCUGUGAAGGUGUCCUUGUACGAUUACCGCAUGACUCCGCCAGAGGGCGUGCCUGCGUACGCCGCAUUCUUCCCACAAGGUUGGACGCACCUCACUCCCCAGGAGAUUCUGAAGCUUGAAAAAGACUUGGUCCACUGGACCAUUGGUCGUUGGUGGAUGAGGAGGAAGCAACACGACCUCGACUUCUUUGUCUUUUCGAAGAGCUGCCCCCCGCUGGAGGAGUUGUGUCAGUAUUAG